CACGCGAAAGGUCUUUUCUGUUCUCUCUCUGAACCUUGAGGUAGGGAUAUGGUGGUGGAAUUGUCUGUGUGAGAGAGAGCUAGGGCAUCGCCGAAGGUUGUCGUGGAGUGAGAGAGUGGCCUUUUUUAGGUCGGAGAGGGAGCCUUGGUUGAAGAGCUUUCGAUCGAACCAGACAUUGCAGAUGUUGUGCCGCGAGGACGUGUUGGCCAGGGUUUAGGGCUGAGUUAAUAAGGAUUCCAAGUCUCAUCUAGGUUUUGUUACUUAUUUCGGAAUCCUCAGAUGGAGGGAACAAACGCCCCUGUUGCAAUGGAGGAGACGGCUGCUCCGACUCUGAGCAAAAAGGAGAAGGCGAAGCUGGCUAAACUUGCUGAGAAGAAAUUGAAAAAGGAAAUGGCAGCGGCUCAAUUGAACCAGGAAGAGGAUGAUCCAUUGGCAGGGAACUACGGUGAUGUUGUCAUGGAGAAUUUGCAGAGUAAAGAGAAGAGUUGUCGUGUGUGGACCAACGUUGGGGAUUUGGGGCAAGAUCACUCGGGUCAGACUGUGUUGGUACGCGGGAGAGUUCACACUGUUCGUGGUAAAGGAAGUCUGGGCUUUUUGGUUGUUAGAGAGGCGGGUCACACAGUUCAGUGUGUUGCAGCGGUGAAGGAAAACGUGGUUAGCAAGGGCAUGAUCAAGUAUGUGGGGAAGCUGAACAAGGAGAGCAUUGUCGAUGUGGAGGGAGUCGUGGUUGUUCCGCCCAAGCCCGUGGAGGGGACCUCUCAACCGGUCGAAUUACAUGUUUCAAAGAUCUAUUGUAUUAGCAAGGCUGCGGUUCAGCUCCCCAUCAAUUUGGAAGAUGCUGCUAGAAGCGAACUAGACCUUCAGAAAGGCGAACAGGAAGGUAUCCAGUAUGUGCGAGUGGGGCAGGACACGAGGCUGAACAAUCGCGUUAUUGAUUUACGCACGCCUGCCAAUCAGGCUAUCUUUCGCAUUCAGUGCCAAGUCUCAGCUCUGUUCAGACAAGCACUUCUAGAUGAGAAUUUUGUGGAAUUACACACCCCCAAGUUGAUUGCUGGAGCCAGUGAGGGAGGUUCAUCAGUUUUCAAGCUGGACUACAAGGGCCAGCCUGCAUGUCUUGCACAAUCUCCACAGCUGCACAAACAAAUGGCCAUUUGUGCUGAUUUUGGGCGCGUUUUUGAGAUUGGACCAGUGUUCCGUGCAGAAGACUCUUUCACCCAUCGACACCUGUGUGAAUUCACAGGUCUCGAUUUUGAGAUGGAGAUCAAGGAGCACUACUUUGAGGUUCUGGAUGUACUUGAGAAAGUAUUUCUCACGAUUUUUGAUGGUCUAAACACGAAGUGUGCCAAGCAGUUGGAGGCUAUCAAUGAGCAGUAUCCAUUUGAGCCUCUUAAGUAUUUGCCUCAAACAUUGAGGCUUACAUUUGCUGAGGGCGUUGCAAUUCUUAAGGAAGCGGGUAUCGAGGUAGACCCUAUGGCUGAUUUCAAUACCGAGACCGAGAAAACACUUGGGAAACUCGUGAAAGAAAGGUACAAGACUGACUUCUAUGUUCUGCACCGUUAUCCCUCUGGAAUCAGGCCAUUUUACACGAUGCCAUGCUGGGACGACAAAAGCUACAGCAACUCUUUUGAUGUCUUUAUUCGAGGGGAGGAGAUUAUUUCGGGAGCUCAACGUAUUCAUGACCCAGAGUUGCUGACGAAGAGGGCAACCGAGUGUGGAAUUGAUGUCAAAUCCCUUACCACAUAUAUCGACUCCUUCAGAUAUGGAGCACCCCCACAUGGAGGUGCUGGUGUAGGCCUAGAACGUGUGGUAAUGCUCUUCUGUGCUCUGAAUAACAUUCGAAAGACGUCCUUGUUCCCUCGUGACCCACAGAGGCUAGCGCCAUGAGAGUGAAUUAGUCACUUCCAUUCUUGACCUCUGAAGAGAUUUUGAACCUUAUUUCUGAUUGAGACUGAAAUUUAUAUCCAAUUCACAUACGAACGGAAUGAAUGGCCUAUGAUUAACCAUCAAUCUUUUUAAAAGGUUGAUAAUUUUUUGUUUA